AUGGUAGUCCCGCUGUUGGAGAACAAAGUCCUCCCGAAUAUCAUACUAUAUAGGAGAUAUAUUGACGACAUUAUUAUUUUUUGGAAAACUGUGCCUGAUAUAACAGUCUUAGUGGAUGCUUAUAAUAAUAACCCAUAUGGGUUGACGCUAGAAUUAGAACAAUCUGACCCUGCAGAGGUCCAUUUCCUAGAUGUAAAUAUUAAGUUAGAAAAAGAUGGCAUCAGCACUGCGGUGUACCAUAAACCAGGACCUAUGUCGUCGUACAUCCCUGUGGGGUUAUGCGAUCCAAUUUCCUACAAGAUGGCGGCAUAUAAAGCCUUGAUCAGAAGAGCCUUCACACGUUCUUCUAACGUACAGGCUCGUGAUAAAGAGCUAGCAUAUAUACAGUGGAUAUAUGUAGAUAGCGCACGGCUGGUAGACCAACACAUUGAUAGCCAACCAGAAGACAUAGAAUGGAUCCCCAUCACCUAUAACCCAUAUGUAAGAUCUAUAUACGACAAGAUUGCCAGGAAGCGUCAAAUACGUAUUGCUUACAGGAGGUGUCCCAUUAUUUUUAACAUCUUAAGUAAUGGGAAGGACCCUCCUAACCCCAGUAGAAGACCAGGAAUCUAUAGUGUCCCUUUGAGAGAUAAUAGAUUCAAUAAGGAUUUAGUAUAUAUAAGCUCUACUAAAAGAUCCAUAGGCAUCAGAAUGCAAGAGCAUAGGGUGGAUAUUCGUCAUGGGAGAACCAGCAUGGCCCUCACAACAUAG